GCUAAGGGCCAUCGAAGGCGGACUUCAUUGGGGGCCAUCGAAGGCGAGCAGGGCUUCAUUGGGGGGAGAAAGGAGGUGAUUUGCUCGUGCGUUCGUGAGGAGACAGGUUGUAGUGAGGGAUCUCUGCGGUUACGCCGUCACUUUUCAAGAGAGAUUGGGUGGCGAGUGGGGUGGGUGGGAUUUUAUAAGGAGGGGCAGGGAGUCGACUUUCAUAUAACAUCUCUCUCUCUCUCUAUAUAUAUAUAUAUAUACAUACUACAGCAAGCCUUCAGCAUCAUCCAUACCAGUCAUUCCCCAUGCCAACCGGAAGAAGAUGGUGUGGGUGUGCCGCAAGGCAUCAAUGCAAGUGUGAAGGAAAAGGGGGGGGGGGGCGGGGGGGGGGGGGGGGGGUGAUCGGACCGUUGUCCGCGGGAGCAAUGGCGGUGCCGAGGUUGGUCGGGAUCUGCCCGACGAUGGGAGGCAACGAAGGUGAAGUAGAAGCUCACAAGGGUAUGAUGGGGGGGAGUGGAGGGGGGAGUGGAGGGGAGGAGGGAGCGCUAAUACUAAGUCGAGUGCAGGAGGGGAAGAAGACGGGAGGGAGAGAAAUUGCGCAGGGAGGGAGGGAGAAAGGCGGAUCAUCGAUUUUCCCAUCUCCCCCCUGCAGUGGCCGUAAGAGGCGAGGUUUGUUCUCUAGGCGCGGGAGCAGGAGGGGAGAGUCAGCGGAAGGCGGCGGUGGAGAAGCGGAAGAGGGGAAGGAAAUUGCAGCAGGAGGAGAGUGGGCACUCGUCAACAGCAGUGGAGGGCAUGAGAGAAGGAAGACGGGAGGGAGGAGGACAGCUCAAGGGGCAGCCAAGGAGAGAGGCAGAUCAGUAGCAGCAGCGUCUUCACCCCCUUUAGUUUCGGUUUCUCCUGGCUGUUGCAGGAAGCGUGGCUUGGUAUCUACCCCUCCCCCCUCUCAUCAAACUCGAGUGCAGCCGGGUGAAAAAGCCCCAAUGACCACCAGCCCUCCUCAGCCGCCGGGUCCCGUGGGACUAACUGGGCCCGACGCUGGUGGUGGUGGAGAUAGCGACGAGGAGCCCAAGCGAUUGAAGCUGGUGUGCAUGGAGUCGGAAUCUGGCGGGCAAGGGUUUGUAUCCGGUGACGAUCUGUCCAUCCAGAGCAAGAUUGGGCGCAAUCAUAGGCGCAUGACGUCGGAGAACGGGGGAUCGAGUCCGGCGCAAAAGAUUCAGGUGAAGAUGCAGGCAGCGGGGGCGGUGGAAGCCGAGCGGCAAGCGGGGAGUGAAGGGGAUGCUGGUGGUGAUGACGAGAGUGAGGGGGAGGAGAGUGAGAGAAAGGAAGUGUGCGAUCGGCCGCGGCAGGAGCAACAACUGCAGUCCACGGGACUCGAUCCCGAAGUGUCGCGCUUGAAAAGACAGCGGUCAUCGGGGAUGACGGCCAUGAUGGCCGUGGCAGAUUCGAAUGGGGGUGGUGGCAGUGGUGGUGGUCCUCCCGAUGCAGCGGCGGUGAUGGCGGCGGAUCUUCCCCCUUCCCCUCCUCAUGUUCGGUCGAAAUGGAGAGAGCGCUCUCGUCGGAGAUCUACGUCUCACGCGAGCGCGAAAGAUCGCGCUGCGCAGGGAGUAAAGCUGGAGGCUAAGAGGGAGCAGGAGGGGGCGCGAGAGAAGGGUAGGGGUAGGAAGAUUGUGGGGGGGAUCACGGGAAGGGUAGCUUUGUCGGGGCAGGUGACUUUGGAGCGGUUCUGCCAUCAGUGCGACGUAUGCGGUCAGCAUUUCGCCACAGCCGCGGGAGUGAAGCGACACCAGCGAAUCAAGCACGGGAAACAAGCCGCGGAGGGGGUGACGGGCGGGCGGGACCCGGCGGAGCUCGGCGCAGGAGCCGCGGAUGAGGGGGAGAAGGCGGUGGAUCCUGCACCCGGCGCGCGGAAGCGGAAGGCGGGAGCCAUAGCGCCCAAGGAACUCGUGGGACAAGGAGGGGGGCCAGAUGGCGAUGCGCGGCGGGAGGGGUCCGGCUUUGGCGGGGGGGCUGCUGCGCAAUCGCCGUGGAGAGCGAGCGCAACGGCGCAAGCUCGAGUCGGACGAGGAGGGGGACGGAGGAGAAAUGCAGUUGAUGAAGUGGAUGACGUGGACGAUGUGGAUGAUGUGGAUGAUGUGGAUGAUGUGGAUGAUGUGGAUGGUAGGGGAGCCAUUUCAUCAAGAGCGCUGCGGGGCGUAUUGGAGGCUGGGGGGCCUGCAGUCGUUGAGCUUAGCAGACACUGUAUGGUAUGGGCAGACGCCUUCCACAAAUUCUCAGCAGCCUUUCGGCCCCUGAGCCGAGAGAAACUGAGGCCCGAGAAGGAACUAAAACGCGCCGAGGAGCAAAUUUUGUUGUCCAAGAUUGCUGUGCGUGAAGCCAUGCAUGAGCUCGAUGACCUCAGCAAACAGGGAGCUAUUGAUAAAGAUGCAUUUGAUUCAGAUGGCCGCAUUGGCUAUGAAUCGAUUUUCUGUUGCCUAUGCAGCUCUCCGGACACCGAUCCAAACAACGACAUACUACUUUGUGAUGGAGAAUGUGAUCGUGGAUUUCACCAGCGGUGCCUUGACCCUCCUCUAGCCACUUCUGACAUUCCUCCUGGUGAAGAGGGCUGGCUCUGCCCUACUUGCGAUUGCAAGACAGAAUGCAUCUACUUGCUGAAUACUAAGUCUGGAUCAUUUCUCUCGCUUGCGAGCUCAUGGGAGGUUUGUAGCUUUGACCAAUUCCCCUCUACUAUUGAGAAUGAUAGUGCUUUGCAAUGUGCUGUUCGGGAAUCACUGGUUCCCAUCGGAAUCCUUUCCUUACAUCACCUGGUUUUGGAGUUUUCGUGAAUGGAGUUAUCGUGUUCACGACCUGUC